UGUUGCAGUCUUGAGCGUCAGGAGCUGCUUCAGUGCUGCGCUCUCUAAACGUGACUCUUUUUAGUUCAGUACGAAGCAAAAAAAAAAAAAAAAAAAAAAAAAAAAAACAGCCAACAUUAUCAUAUAUUUUAACCAUGGGUUUAGUGUUAACGCUCGGGUGGAUACUCGUCUUAGCUUCAGUCCACGCACAAAAGGAGCCACCCAUAAAAAUCCAAAGUGAGUGUCUGGGAAACCUGUUUGGUUUUGCUGUGAGCCCAGUGACCGGGAGAAGACUGGAGGUAGCAGCUCUUUACAAUGGAUCACGAGUGGUCCUGACCCGGAGCCUGGCCUCUCAGUGUGGUUUCAGCUCCAACAUAGACGCCUCUGGGACAGUGCGCAUCUACGCCUCUAUGCUGAACUGUUUCACCCACAGCCAGAAGGACCAAGACUUCAGUUUGGAGCUGGAGCUGAGAUUGUCCAAAGACCAGGCCUACAAUGUCUCUAAGAGCUGCCAGUACAGGGACUGGGCCUCGAGGGAGGUGCUCUGCUACAGGGACCACAUGGAGGUGUCGGUGCAGAGGGUGCUGCCAGAUGACGAUGUCCUGCCAAAGUCCUCCUUCUAUGAGAGCAGGUCUGGAGAUCCCAGACGAGCUGUGGAGAAGCAGCCUGUGGAUCCAGGCUUCCUCUCCACCACCGUUCUGUUCCUCUCCUCGACAGCGGAGGAGCGCCCCCUGCUGGUGUCUGAGGUGCUGAGCAGAGGAUAUGGCUUCAGCCUCACUCACAGUAGAUUGGUCCUCCGCAGCCCAGUGUCCACAGCCGAGACCUACAUCCAGCAGGUGUCUGGUGUACCCAUGAAUGUGCUGAGGACCUCCACUCUGUUUGGGACCAAGUGGCUGGUCUCUCAGAUCGAUGCUGCAGCAGCCUGUCCCAUCAUCCAAGGUGGUGUCUCCUUCAGUGAGAGCUCCAUCCGCUGGUCACUGCCCUGGCGCAUCUCCCCCCUCCUCUCCACGGGUCAGACCACCCUGCUGGACUUAGGGCUGGGUGUGAAUGGGCAGAGACUGGAGCCCGCUGACCUGGAGGCCCGUGGGUACUCGAUCACUGUGGGAGACCCGUACAUCGUGGUGCAUAUCCCCAUUGGAGCCAAAGGAGGUCACUACAAGAGCGUGGUGCAGGAGGGCAUGUACCUGAUGUCCUACAGUGUGGAGCCCAUGCUGGAGCUGCUGUGGACAGAGGACGUGUCCACUGAACACACCCGUUACAAGGUCCUUUUCCCCAUCAGCACGCCCCUGCUCUACCUGCCCCCCCAAGUCUCCCAUGAUCUUCAGGAGAACAUGUUUAAGGUCUCCAUUGGCCCUUUUGCUCCUGACGUGAUCCUUCUCAACAUCUCAUUCCCCUCUGAGAGCCUAAGCCUGGAGCAGAGCAUCUCCAGAGGGUUCACAGUCCAGGAACAGACCCAGGAGCACAGCAGCCUGAAGACCUUCUCCGUGCACAUGCCCCUCACAGACAGAGCUGUGCUAAAAAAGAAGCACUUAGACCUCACAGUUUACUCUGCCCAUGUGAUGUUUGGGUUUCUGGUGUUACCGGAGCUCCAUCCAUUUUCUGUCUCUGCGUAUCUGGAGGCUCGGGUCAUGGACACAGUGCCCCCUUCAGUGAGUGGGUCCUGUGAUGGUCAGAACUUCCUGGUUCUGGUGCAGUCCGGCUCUCAACAUUUCCAGAUGAUGGUGGGCCAGAGUCCACUGACCUCGACUCUGGCUAAACGCUACAGCUUUGUGCAGAACGACACGCACUUCUCCCUCAUGGUGCCCAUCCUCGCACCGGACGUCAUCUAUGAGGCCAUAGAGGCGUCUUGGGUGACGGCGCGGUUGGAGCUGGUUCUGGUCUCUCCUAAGGAUCACCGCCGCAUCAAGGACUUCUCCCUGAGCUGCCGCUUCUACGCCACACUCACUGAGUGCUUCCCUAAUGGCACCAUCACAGCCCUGGCUCUGAAGCUUGAGUCUGUCCCUGGUCUGGACCCUGGUCAGCUCACUCUGCUGGACCCUGCGUGUGGACCCCGCUACAGCACAGCGCGCUACGCCUACUUCAGCUUCACCGCCAGCUCAUGUGGCACCACCCGCAAGUUUGUGAGCAACAGCAUGGUGUAUGAGAACGACAUCUCUCUGCCUGAUCAGCUGCUGGCUCAGAGGGAUGCAGAGGACACAGACUAUCAUUUGAAGGUGACGUGUUUGUACGACACCAACACCACGUCUGCAUUAUCUCUCCUGGUCAGUCCCCGGGUGAGCGAGCCCUUUGCAGAGAGCGCCACAGGCCGGCUGCACGUGCACAUGAGGAUGGCUCGCGAUGAGUCCUUCCAGAAGUUCUACACAGAUGAAGACUUCCCGCUGUCCAAGACCCAGCAGGAGGCACUGUGGUUUGAGGUGGAACUGGAGCCUGCGCUGAAGGGGAGGGUCUCUCUGGAGCUGGAGAAGUGCUGGGCCACAGAGGACCAGGACCGGACCUCGAUGCCCGCAUGGAAGUUCAUCAUUAACGGCUGUGUGAUCCCGGACAGUCCUCUCCCGGUGAAGCUUGUCCCAGUUUGGAAGGAUGCGAGAGUCCACUAUCCCCCUCAGCUAAAGAGGUUUCAACUGCUCCUGUCCCCGUCCAUCAUCCCACAGGCCAGUCCUCAGCUGUUUGUCCACUGUGACGUGACCAUCUGUGACCCCAGAAACCCCAUGGACCCUGUGUGCUCUGGACACUGUUCCGGCCAGCUGCAAGGUCCCCGAGUGUCUGCGCAGGAACACGUCUCCACAGGACCCAUCUUCAUCAGCUGACUUAGACUUUUACUACAAUAAAAAGCUUUUAAUACUAA